AUGUAUAGUGACUUGAGGCAGUAUUACUGGUGGAGCAGUAUGAGGAGAGAUAUCUCAGACUAUGUGUCCCGUUGCCUGUGUUGCCAACAGGUGAAUGCCGAGUAUUUGAGGCCUCAUGUUGGUAAGGUUGCCUAUGAGUUAGCUUUGCCUCCAACAUUCUUAGCUAUCCAUCUGGUAUUCCAUGUUUCGAUCCUGCGCCGGUAUGUUCCAGACGAGUCCCAUGUGCUCCAAUUUGUUGUGGUUGAGUUAGAUGAUCGACUGACCUAUAUUGAGAAGCAAGUUGCCAUCUUAGAAAGAACUGUGAGACAGUUGCGAUCCAGAAUCAUUCCUGUGGUUAAAGUUCAUUGGAGGCACCGUCCAGUCGAGGAGGACACUUGGGAGACCGAGCAGGAGGUGCGGGAGCAGUUCCCCGACAUAUUUGAGCCUUCAGGUACUUCUUGA